GCCGUGAAGUAAAGCUUCGGAGGAAAAUCAACAUGAGUGAACGUGCCAAGGUCAUUGAUCCUGAUCGUGAGAAAGCCAUGCAAGAUAAAGUGGUGGAAUCUUCUCCAAAUUACCCCAAUUCAGGACCAUGCGAAUUUACAGGGAUGAAUCACAGGGAUGGUCUGGAAAAAGACAAUAAAACGGAGCAGUGCUUACUCAGUGAAGGAAAUCAAGUGUGUAAGGAACAAAAAGCAACCAAAAAACUAAAGGUAGGGUUUAUGGAUCCCCUGGCCACAGACAGGCAAAAGGAAUGUGAGGCCUGGUCGGGCCUGAGGACUUCUGAGGAAGCGAGCAAGAGCUGUUCUGGCGCCCUCAGCACAGCUCUUGAAGAACUUGCCAAAGUCAGUGAAGAAUUAUGCAGCUUCCAAGAGGAAAUCCGAAAGCGGUCUAACCAUAGAAGGUAGGCUG